AUGCUCAGCAUUCAAGUGCCUUUCUUCUUUCCUGCGGCCAACGUCUUCCUCUUUGUCUUCACUGCUUCCACCGUAUUUCACCUGCAGCAGCGGCUGGCAAAGGUUCAGCCCUUGUGGGAGUUACAGUCACCAGCACCCACUUGGAUGAUCAAUACCACAGGCCACAUGGGGAACCCAAUAGGUCUGACCUCGAAGGAGUUAGAGACAUCAAGGCCAGCACCUAUGUGGACGAUCAAUGCCAUAGGCCGCCUGGGGAACCAGAUGGGCCAGUAUGCCACCCUGUAUGCCCUUGCCAAGAUGAAUGGGCGGCCUGCAUUCAUCCUGCCUGAGAUGCACAGGACGCUGGCCCCUAUCUUCAGAAUCACCCUCCCGGUGCUGCCUAGCACCAUGACCAUCAUCCACUGGCAGAACUACCACCUGAACGACUGGAUGGAGGAGCAGUACCGCCACAUCCGGGGUGACUACGUGCGCCUCACAGGCUACCCCUGCUCCUGGACCUUCUACCACCACCUGCGCCAUGAGAUCCUCCAGGAGUUCACCCUGCAUGACCAUGUGCGUGAGGAGGCCCAGACAUUUCUGCGGGGUCUGCAGGUGAAUGGGAGCCAGCCAGUCACCUUUGUGGGAGUCCAUGUGCGCCGGGGGGACUAUGUCCAUGUCAUGCCAAAUGUAUGGAAGGGUGUGGUGGCUGACCGGCAAUACCUGGAGCGGGCCCUGGCCUGGUUCCGGGCUCGUUACAGCUCUGCCAUCUUUGUGGUCACCAGCAAUGGCAUGGCCUGGUGUCGGGAAAACAUUGAUGCCUCCCGUGGAGAUGUGGUGUUUGCUGGAAAUGGCAUUGAGGGCUCACCCGCCAAGGAUUUUGCCCUGCUGACACAGUGCAACCACACCAUCAUGACCAUUGGGACAUUUGGGAUCUGGGCUGCCUACCUUGCUGGUGGAGAGACCAUCUACCUGGCUAAUUACACUCUCCCAGAUUCUCCCUUCCUCAAAGUCUUUAAGCCAAAGGCAGCCUUCCUUCCAGACUGGGUAGGAAUCCCUGCCGACUUGUCUCCCUUACUCAAGCACUAG